UAGCUUUGUCCUAUACGUAUAACAAUUAUAGCCAGCCCCUCACAGGUCCUUCGUCCUAUAGCUGCAAAGAUACCUCCACACACCCCGCCGUGCCCCUAAGCGACGGCGCAUGCGUGGCUUUGACAGUAGCACCUUGCCAACACAGCCCGAUCCCUAAACGUCGCAAAACCAACUACAUUGUGAAGAAAGGGGACCAUGAAUCCCUAAAGAUGAUGUCUGGGGAAGCGGACUGAUCGAGAAUGGUAGCCAACAUUGGCGUAAUCAACCCUUCUAAUGUGGAGGCGACGGCAUACAUAAGCGCGGUAGCGGCGUUCGCGGCGGUGGUUCUCGUGGUGUUGCUAUUCCUGGGCCGGCGCUGGUGCUCGUCCGCCGUCUUCGGCCGCAAGUGCUGCGAUGACAUCCUCGCCGUGAGCCCGCGCGUCGUGGCCCCGGCCAUCCCUCUCGACAAUGCUCAGUUUGAUGCUUUGUCGAAACCGAUCCAUUACCCUGAACGAAUAUUCACGUUCGAAGCCUCCGACUCUGACGACGAGCUGCGUUUGCGCAUACAACAGGAUAAAGAGGAGGUGGAAUGCCAUUACGAGGAGAAGAAUGAGAACCUGGCACCGGCCAAGUGUGACGUGGAGCUCGUGGAGACUGCCCUGAGGGAGACCACGAUCCGGGAGACCAGGAUCGAUGACGUCACGCCGCAGCGGGCUGAGUACAUCCACACGCUGGAAGCGCAGAGCAGCAUUGAUAGCGAUGUCAUCGCACAUAAUGACACAUCACUGCUCUGCGGCGAGGCUGGCGGCGGCCCGUCCGAGCGCGGGCUGGUGGAGCUUACCCUGCUAUACGACGCGCCCGUGCGGACCAUGACGGUGCAUAUGCUUCAGGCACGCGGCUUGCCUCCUAGGACCACGGGGCAGAUGCUGCAGACACAGGUUCGGAUAGUCUUAUUGCCACUGAAGAAGCAGAAAUUCAAAUCUAAAAUUCGUAAUGGCGAAAACCCGCAAUACAUGGAAAGCUUCGUGCUGCAUAAAAUCAAUCCAGAGGAUGUCCACGGCUUGGGACUCCGCAUCCGCAUUUACGGAUGCGAGCGGAUGCGGAGGCAGCGACUCGUGGGCGAGGCGGCCGUCAGCUUCGCGGCACUCAACUUCGAGCUCGAAAACAGUCUUUGGCUGCAGCUGAUGCCUAGACAGCACCACCAGCCCACACUACAGCUCCCAAAGCUGGAACUCAACCACUCCAUGUCCGGAGUCCUGGCCAGCCCCUCCUCCAUCGCCACAGUGACGACGCCCAGCGGCGCGGGCGGCGAAGCGUGCAGCCUGGCGCGCUCGGACUCCGCCUCGUCGUGCUGCAGCACGCGCUCGGCGCCCGAGCUGCUACUGGGGCUCCAGUAUAGCCCCACCACUGGCCAUCUGUCCGUCGAGGUCAGUUAUAGACCUUUCCAGAGCUAUAAGCCAUCCAAUGCCAGGAGUCUUUACCAGUCUAUCGUCCAUAGCUACGGUGACGACCCCCGAGCUGCUGUUGUAUUGAGUAGAGAACCGGCUAUCCUCGCCACGGUGACGACUCCCAGCGGCGCGGGCGGCGAAGCGUGCAGCCUGGCGCGCUCGGACUCCGCCUCGUCGUGCUGCAGCACGCGCUCGGCGCCCGAGCUGCUACUGGGGCUCCAGUAUAGCCCCACCACUGGCCAUCUGUCCGUCGAGGUCAGUUAUAGACCUUUCCAGAGCUAUAAGACAUCCAAUGCCAGGAGUCUUUGCCAGUCUAUCGUCCAUAGCUACGGUGACGACCCCCGAGUUGCUGCUGAAUUGAGAGACCCGGCUAUCAUCGCCACAGUGACGACGCCCAGCGGCGCGGGUGGCGAAGCGUGCAGCCUGGCGCGCUCGGACUCCGCCUCGUCGUGCUGCAGCACGCGCUCGGCGCCCGAGCUGCUACUGGGGCUCCAGUAUAGCCCCACCACUGGCCAUCUGUCUGUCGAGAUAAUAAAAGGCACGCACUUCCGCAAGCUGUCGCCCAACAAGGCACCAGAUACAUACGUGAAGCUCUGCCUCAUCAGUUCCCUGGGCAUGGAGAUGGGCCGCUGCAAGUCCACCACGCGCCGAGCGCACUCCAACCCGCUUUAUAAGGAGCUCUUUAUAUUCCAGGUGGCUCUGUUCCAACUGACGGAGGUGACGCUGAUGGUGUCGGUGUGGUGGCGGCGCAGCGUCAAGCGCAACGAGAUGGUGGGCUGGUUCUCGCUGGGCCACAGCCCCUCGGGCCGCGAGGAGCAGCGCCACUGGCAGGAGCUGUGCGAGCGCCAGGGCGAGCAGGUGCAACGUUGGCACGUGCUCCUGGACUCCUGACGGUCGCUGACCUAGCGCGAGGACGAAGCGCUGGUCUGAGCUACUCUUGUCGCCCCCGGGCCCGUCCGGACGCUCGUCCGGGCCCCGGCGCCGGACACCUUCGUCCGGGCCGGACGCCGCGCGAGCGGAGACGCCGAUCCUCGCCUGUGCCGGGACUGCGUCAGCCCGCGCGGAUUCCUCCGAACUUUUUAAACGACCGGAAUUCAUAUUUAAGAUUUUGUACUUUGUAGCACCGAUAUACUACCUGCACUUCCAUCGAACGAUUUCCAUUUUGUACUCGUUAGAAAAUUGACGCCUUACUCGUGGGAUACGAUCGCGGUAACGCGACGUCCGAUUCGUGGAAUUUCGACUUGUUUUAUUCGAGAAAUCUUUUCGAGUUAGAUGUUGUAACACGUGCGUGUCGCUUUGAUUGUCGCGCACAUCGGUGCUCGCCGUCACGAGUUUAGUGUGUAUUUGUCAGUGAGAUGUUUUAACGAAUAAGAAAAUUCGAUGUUUUGGGGAGCACGCACAUUUCUGACUGAAUGAGAAUUUCGAUAUUAUAAAUGAUAUUAGUGUUAGGGUUUGGGACAAACGGCUAUCGUACAGUUGUAAACGCAGAAGUCUAACUUUCUAUGUUAAAGUAGGUGACGUAUAAAAUGCGUUCAAAGGAAUUGUAAUUUUCGUGUAGUACCGGCUACUGCCGAUGUUUAUUUAAGGGAUAUUCCUGACGCUUGUCGUAAUAUUAGAUGAUAUAAAUAUUGCUGAUUUGGUUUGGACAUGUUUGAAUGUAAAUGUUUUGUAAAUGUAUUUAUACUGAUGAUGAAGACUUGGAGCGCACAAUACUUGUGAGAUAGAAUUAUGUUUAGAAUCUAGAUGAAUAUUUAUUAAAAAUUGAUAUUAGAUAUUUAUACAAUUAUCGAAACUAUUCUAUUAGGGUGUCUAAUUUUUUUUCCAUGUACGCGUUUACAUCUAUUACUAAGAUUUUGUCUACAUUCAUAUUAUAUUACAGAUAUUUAUAACUAUGAAAUUGUUGAUAAAAAAAUGAAAAUCCAAAAAAAUACUAAUAUGCCAGUACUUAUGUAUUCAUGACUUACAAUCAUUUAUGCAAUUGAGUUCAAGUAUAAUUAAUUAACAUAAACAUUCAACCUUUUUCAGACAAAAAUGCAACUCAAUGUAUGUGAAGCUUCGAAAGCCUGUGUUUAGUAUAUUAUG